AUAUAAUAAACGACAUCUCAUAAACAAAUAAAGAAGCAAAAAUAGAAGAAGAAAAAAAAAAAAAAAAACGCUCACACAAAUAUUCGCAUAUCUCGUUGUAGAUCUAUACUGCUAACCCUCCAAUCCUCUUCCUUCUCCACCUCCGAUCCCUCCUCGCAGAUUGUGAAUUGAAUGGAAGGACCUGGAGGCAGCAGUGCCUCUGCGACUGCUGCUACGCCGCCGCAAUGGUGGCAAGAUUUUUCGAAGCUAUUUCAGCAUUAUUUGGAUAAAUCCACACCACAUUCUACUUAUAGGUGGAUUGGGACUUUUGUUAUUGCCUCCAUAUAUGGUUUAAGGGUUUUUUACCUUCAAGGAUUUUACAUUGUGUCUUAUGGAUUGGGAAUUUACAUGCUGAAUCUGUUGAUCGGGUUUCUGUCUCCUUUGGUUGAUCCUGAGCUGGAGCCUUCUGAUGGAGGACCUUUGUUGCCUACUAAAGGCUCCGAUGAGUUCAAGCCGUUUAUUCGUCGGCUUCCUGAGUUUAAGUUCUGGUAUUCCUUCACAAAGGCUUUCUUAAUAGCAUUCUUGAUGACUUUCUUUUCUGUAUUUGAUGUUCCUGUCUUCUGGCCAAUAUUACUCUGCUACUGGGUUGUUCUGUUUGUCCUUACAAUGAGACGCCAAAUUGCACACAUGAUCAAAUACAGAUAUAUUCCAUUCAGCUUGGGAAAGCAGAAAUAUGGUGGCAAGAAAUCUUAUGCAAGUAGUAGCAGUGGCUCUCGUGCCGACUAAAGCUUUGCUGUGUCAUGAUUUGAAGAACACAGAUCUCAAAGUUAGGUUUUGUGGGGAUUCAGGGUACUUGAUUUUUACCUUUUAUUUGUAGUCAGAGUAUUAAGGAUGGCAAUAUGCAGUUACAGAAAAUAUUCGUUUUAUGGAUUUAUGAUACCAGAAGACAUGCUAAUGCUGGUAGUGAACUUCAUUGUUGAUAUACGCCAGUAUUUGAUUCAGUUUUAGAUUUAUCGCAAAUCUAGUCUUGUAUUGCGAUUGUACUACCAUGAUUUCAGGAUAAACUUCACACAGAACCUUGAUUUUUCUCCUGUUCAGGAUAUGACUAUUGCCUUUGAAGUUUCUGCA